AUGUAUUUCGAUGGUUCUCUCGCGCCUCGGCGCGUUAUAAGCCUCUCUGGAGCGUCAAAGUUCGGGCAGUCUCGCACAUCACGGGGACAACCGGUGGGAUUCCUCUCAGCUAAGAAAGAACGCGAACGAGCUGGUCAUACUAUUCUGCAAUUUUUAAGGCGUAUUAUCCAAUUGAAACGCGAAUUGCUUCCAUUACGGGAUAUACUGCCUGAACUUUUGGCCAAGGCCGAGUUAUGGUGUCAGUCACUACCGCCUAGUUCAUCGGCUUCAUCAUCAAACCAGAUAAUAGAAGCUUCUAUUAAAGAAAAACUUGUUUGCCACAAGGAGUCUAAGGAAGAAGGCAGUGAAAAUGGGACCGAAAACACAAACGUUUCAAAAACGGAAAACCGAACAUCUUUCGAGGUGUAUUCUAACGCAGUAACACGUCAUCCGAUAUGUAAGUUCAUUAGAGUUUUAGUAGCUUUGGCGAAUAUUGACUGGAAAAGUGAUUACUCGCAUUAUUUUCGACGAGCCUUGUAUCUAUUCAAAACAUGGUACUUUACUGCCGAAAAAGGCACGGGAAUUGAUGAGCUGAUAAAAGAGCCAUUAUUAAAGGCCCAGUUAUUGUACCUAUGUGUUAAGUUUUUCAGGGUUUUGAUACCGCGACGUGACCUCUCGUCAGUGGCAUCACAGCGCAAACGUGCCAAAAGGGGUCAAAAUCCUUCGAUAAUCGAUGAUCCAAAUUUGGCACAAAAUACGUGUCGGGUUGGUUUAACUGAAGACAAAAGUUCUUCGAGUUCCACACCAACCAGUAUCUUUUCAUCGUAUAAUGCCGGAUUACCGUCUAAAAAAUUGUUGGCGGUGGGCUCUGAUAGAAGGCUGCCUGUGCACGUCAACCCGGAUGAACCGGAUACCGUCAAAGCGUCGAUUAACACACUUAUUGAGCAUCUGUAUCUGAAUCGUAAGCCGUUGUCUUUUGAUGAGGGUCUUGUUGUGUAUUAUGCGGCGGCAUUGUUCCGUUUUAUCCCCCAAACGGUAGCACAGGAUUUGAACAGGGAAUACCAUCUAGCUACCGAAUGGCUCCCAAUUAUGCUUCGUCGUGUUAUUGCUGGCGAUGUUCACGACGAAAAUGUUGUGUAUGCGCUGCUGUAUUUGGCUCAACAACUUCGUGAGUCAUGUACCACUAAGGAAAUGGCGUUUAAACAGUUGAUAAAUGUGUGGUCAGUAGCUGAACUGAAUUUGGGAAAUAAGGUCGACCUAAUGGCUCAUAUCGCCGAAGUAACACUAAGUUCGGAAUUCAUUCAAGGUAUCUGCUGUGUUGGAUGCAAGCUACGUGAGUCACAUGAAUACAGUGGCACUACUACUAAUAAUGAAGUUUCAGCGGAAAAGGCUGACGCUGUAAUGACCACAUUAAAGCGUACUGCGAAAUCGCUAGUACCGCUUACAGUGUCUUUGAAUAAUGAAGUUUGGCAAAUAGUGGAAUCUAGAUUGCGAUCACAGGUGAAUGCGUUACUAGGCGCCCAAUCAUUCAUGACUUUCCUAAGUGUUAUACACAAUUACACUGAGGAUGUCGAAAUCGACACAAUUGAGCAGAAGACAAAGGCACCGGUUGAUUACGAAGAACGAAGUAUCAAUUAUGUGCGAUACGGCGGAUUCUAUAAUUUUGUUUUCGGCGAAGAAGAUUUGAUGAGGGGUACCAUAACUUCGUCACGUGAAUCCGUGUACAAGCUGAUAUUCAACAACAUGUUGAGCUUGUUGAUAGCUCUGAAAAGCAUCGAAUUUACAAAAUCUGAUAAGGUAUGGAUAGCAUCUGCACUCGCUUUAGUGUUGUUUUGUUCGCAAUUCUACAGUCUGGAGGAACGUAGAAGCAUGUGGUUUUCUAAAAGUGAUAGGUUGGACAUAUUAUUCAAGAUACUUCGUUCUUACCGUGGAGAUGAGUACAUCGUUUUGAAUGUACUGUUAAUUCUCUCACCUGUAAUAAAGUGGCAAUACUUUAGCGCUGAUCCUGAUGCUGCUGUCGUUGAAAAUGCUACUGCUGUUGUACAUAGGAUUACAUCAGCUGAGGAAGUGGUGGAUACAUUGCCAAAGUUGCGCGGGCUUAUUGCCAUCGAGUUCGUGUCAAGCAAGGUACCUCUGUUGCUUCUAAAUAUAUUUAGGCGGCACCAUUCCAAUUGUUGUACGGCAUCGUUCUCCCAAUUCGUGGCCUGUCUCUCAGCGGGCCAGUCUAACGACAGUACGAUGUGCUGUUUGUGGCGAAUAUUCGCAAUGCUGCUUGAUUACUGUCUCCAUGCAAUGGAUGAUGCGACUUUGGUUGGAGAUGAGGAUGAACCUGGGUUGUUUGGACCUGACGAAGCCUUGUUCAUAGUAAACGCUCUAAACUAUACUUUCUUGUAUCACGUCCAACCACAAAGCAAGAUAGAGAAAUGGGACACCUUCCAAGUGAAUGACCAAUUUCCGUGGAACAAGUUUUGUAGUUGUGGCAUAGAAGUGAGCGUAAAUGAUCUGUUUCAUGUAAGCAAGGGCAAUCUGGGAUUCACUUCCUUAUAUUGGGGUCAGUUGGCACAUAGGUUCAGCAGGCGAUUUUUCCGUCACCCGGAUAAAACUCACCGUCCAGAUGUGAUUGAUGAUGUAGAACGAUCUGUGAUACGCCAUAUCAAUACCAAUCAUCUUGGGUCACCUAUAAUUAACGCUCUGAGAUACAUACCGCAGGCAGUGAGCUUUGAUACACGUUUGCAGCUGUUUAUGGCCUACAUUAGGAACGAUAAGUUGAUAUAUCGUAAUGAGAUGCCUGAUGAUUUUGAUUUGCCACCUUGCUUGAUUCGUCGUUCCCAUAUCUUAGAGGAUGGUUUGGGCACAUUAGGUCGACUAAACGGUAUACAGCUGAAGCAACAUUUCCGCGUUGUUUUCGUUGAUGAGACUGGUAGGCGUGAGGAGGGUAUAGAUGGUGGUGGUCUAUUCAAGGAGUUUUUGACGCAGUUGUGCCAUGUGAUUUUUAACCCGGGAUAUGGUAUCUUCGAGGAGUCGCCAUACGACCGGUCAUUUGCACCAUCACCUAAUUCGGCAUUGGUACAUGAUGACCACCUUUCAGUGUUUAACUUUGUUGGUAAGGUAGUGGCUAAAGCGUUGUAUGAGCAUAUAUUGGUUGAGCAUGUACUGUCACGACUUCUUUUAAAUUUUAUGUUGAAGCAGCGCAACGGUCUGGACGAUUUCAAGCAUUUUGACCCAGAGUUGUAUCGAAAUCUAGUAUCUAUUCGAAAUAUGUCCGCGGAAGAUAUUGAAUCUCUAGGUUUGACGUUUACGACUUCCGUUUCUUCGUUUGGUGAUUCUGUACAGGCUGAGAUAGUAGAUGGCGGUAGUAAUAAGAAAGUGACUAAAGAGAAUUGUGACUAUUUCAUAUUCCAAUUUGCUGAUUUUAAGUGCAACCGUCUUAUUGAAUCUCAAUCUGUAGCAUUUUUACGGGGCUUCUCCGAGUUGAUACCACUCGACUGGUUACAGAUGUUUUCACCAUCAGAAUUGGUCCACCUCAUUUCAGGAUCGGUUUCUGUGAUCAACGUGAAUGACAUGUGUCAGAAUGCGACUUAUUCGGGUGGUUACAGUGCAGAGUCUACCGUCAUCGUUUGGUUCUGGGAGAUAAUGCAUGAAUUUGACGAAGAGCAACGUCGCACAUUUCUGUGGUUUGUAACUUGCUGCAAACGUGCUCCAUUACUGGGUUUUAAGCAGCUCAAUCCGCCAUUCUGUAUCACUCGUGACCAGAAUGAUCGUAACUUGCCAACAGUCUCGACAUGUACCAACUUGUUGAAGCUACCGGAGUACUCUAGUAAAGAAGAACUGCGUUCUAAACUCGUGGAUGCCAUGACAAUGUCAAAAGGUUUCGGUAUAAGCUGA